CCGGGACUAGUUCCGGUGUGUGUGUGCGUACGUGUUUUCUCUCCCCUCUCCGCGGCGGCGUUUAAUUUGAACGCGAAUCGGACACAAUGCCGGAUUCUGUGGUAGAGAAAGUGGUUGUACACCCGUUGGUGCUCUUGAGUGUGGUGGAUCAUUUCAAUCGAAUAGGAAAAGUUGGAAAUCAAAAACGAGUGGUUGGAGUGUUGCUGGGUUCAUGGCACAAAAAGAUACUUGAUGUUUCAAACAGUUUUGCAGUUCCAUUCGAUGAAGAUGAGAAGGAUGAUACAGUGUGGUUCUUGGAUCAUGAUUAUUUGGAGAAUAUGUAUGGGAUGUUUAAGAAAGUAAAUGCCAGGGAAAGGAUCGUUGGAUGGUACCACACUGGACCCAAGUUGCACAAAAAUGACAUUGCCAUCAAUGAACUCAUGAAACGAUACUGUUCUAAUUCCGUUUUAGUCAUCAUUGAUGUCAAGCCAAAAGAUCUGGGGCUCCCUACAGAAGCUUACAUUUCGGUAGAAGAAGUUCAUGAUGAUGGAACUCCAACUUCCAAAACAUUUGAACAUGUAACCAGUGAAAUAGGGGCAGAAGAAGCUGAAGAAGUUGGAGUAGAGCAUUUGCUACGAGAUAUUAAAGAUACCACAGUGGGAACACUGUCACAGCGAAUCACAAACCAGGUGCAUGGCCUCAAAGGGCUGAACUCAAAGAUUUUAGAGAUAAGGAAUUACUUGGAGAAAGUGGCCACAGGGAAAUUGCCCAUCAACCAUCAGAUUAUCUACCAGCUGCAAGAUGUCUUCAAUCUUCUACCUGAUGUUAAUUUGCAAGAGUUUGUGAAAGCUUUUUACCUGAAGACAAACGACCAGAUGUUGGUGGUGUAUCUUGCAUCACUCAUUCGAUCAGUAGUUGCUCUACACAAUUUAAUCAAUAAUAAAAUUGCCAACAGAGAUGCAGAAAAGAAGGAAGGGCAAGAAAAAGAAGAGGGGAAAAAAGAAAAGAAAGAUGAGAAAGAAAAAGAAAAAUGUGAAUCAAAGAAGGAAGAAAAGAAAGACAGAAAAUAAAUUGUGCCGUGUUUUUUUAAGACAAACAGAACUUCAGCAAUACUUGGCAUCAAGUGGGAAUGUUAAUACUUCGGCUUUCUGCAAUAAAAGGGCCAAAAUAUUCAGCCAUUGAUGUGUUUGCAUGGGGCAGUUUUCUGUAUCUGUACAAUGUACAUGUUUAAAAUCUUGAAACAUUAUAAAUAUUACUUUACUAAUA